CCGCGCACGAAUUCCAUGAUCCCAUCAUCAAUAGCUUUCUCGAUCCCGCCUCCCAUCGGAAAACUAAACUAAUCCCACCUCAACCCAAUCUCCUCCACCCCCCGUGGGAUCGAUCCCUCGGCCCGCCCGCCUCCCUCGGAUCGACCAGAGCCACCCCGCCGCGAGACCAGGAUCUUGGCGAGCGAGAGCACAUGGCGCUGGCGGCGGCGGCGGCCUUGGCGUGGCCAUGCCUGGGUGGGAACUCGCCGGCGUGGAUUGACGUCCCGGAGCGGAGCAAGAGCGCGUUCAUGGAGCUGAAGAGGAGGAAGGUGCACCGGUACGUGAUAUUCAAGAUCGACGACAGCACGGAGGAGGUCGUGGUCGAGAAGACCGGUGCGCCCGGGGAGAGCUAUGACGACUUCACGGCCUCGCUGCCUGUCGACGACUGCCGCUACGCCGUCUACGACCUGGAUUUCGUCAGCGACGACAACUGCCGCAAGAGCAAGAUUUUCUUCAUCUCCUGGUCUCCUGAUGAUUCUCGCAUCCGUGCAAAGACCAUAUAUGCUGUGUCGAGGAAUCAAUUCCGCCACGAGCUCGACGGGGUGCACUUUGAGAUCCAGGCAACUGACCCUGGCGACAUGGACUUGGAAGUUCUCAGGGUCCGUGCUAAUAGAACCUGAUAGCUAGGUUGACUCUGCUAGCUUGCUGAUACACACCAGUAGCUCAAGAUGCGUAGCCUGCUACUAAAAUGCGGCGCUGGUGCACUGAUGUGAAGCAUGGUGUAUAAUCCGGCUGCUGAUCACACCUGAGUAUGCAGUGUUCCUUUUUUCAGGAGAUAGCAUCUCAGCGAUAUUAAUAUAGCUAGAUAAGUUCCCUAUAAUAUGAUGUGGAAACGGCUCCAUUUAAUGUCUAGUUGCGCAUGUACUAUUUGUCUUCUCCUAAGCAACAGUUUUGUUGAGCUUAAACUGCUACUGCUCGGUGGUUUUGUAAUAGUUUCUGUUUUUUCUUUUUUUGUACUGAAUGUUCAGUCAAUCAUGGAGCAUGAUUUGCUACUUA